AUGGAAAAUAAGGAAAAUAAACGUAAAAAGGACAAACAUGACGAUAACGAUGAAUAUCGGAAAGAAAAGAGGUCAAAAAGAGCUCGCACUCGUUCACGAUCACCUACUAAAGUGCACGAAAAUAGAAAAGAUCGAAAUAGGGACUCUACACGUAAGCGAAAACAUUCCAAAUCACGCUCGCCAGAUGUUGGCGUCAAACAAGAAAAUCGCCGAAAUGAAGUAUCGAAAAGCGAUGAAAACAGAAAACAAGCACCGGAGAAAAAAGCGAAAGACACCGAUAUGUUAAACACAAGAACAGGAGGCGCGUACAUCCCACCUGCACGGCUCCGGAUGAUGCAAGCUCAAAUUACAGACAAAUCUUCUGUUGCAUAUCAGAGGUUAGCUUGGGAAGCACUAAAGAAGUCAAUACAUGGCCACAUCAAUAAAAUUAACGUCGGAAACAUAGGUAUUAUAAUCAAAGAGCUUUUAAAAGAAAACAUCGUCCGAGGGCGCGGGUUACUGUGCCGAUCUGUUAUUCAAGCUCAGGCUGCGUCGCCAACAUUCACCAAUGUGUAUGCAGCCCUAGUAGCAGCAGUUAAUUCCAGAUUUCCAAACAUUGGAGAAUUGCUUCUCAAAAGGUUAGUUAUUCAGUUCAAAAGAGGCUUCAAAAGGAAUGACAAAGCCAUAUGCAUUUCUUCAGCCUCUUUUAUUGCACAUCUUGUCAAUCAGAGGGUCGCUCAUGAAAUUCUUGCUUUGGAACUUUUAACAUUACUUGUUGAGACACCCACAGAUGAUUCAGUAGAGGUAGCCAUUGCAUUUCUCAAGGAGUGUGGUCAAAAACUGACAGAGGUCUCAUCUAAAGGAGUAAAUGCAAUAUUUGAGAUGCUUAGGAACAUUCUACAUGAGGGUCAACUUGAUAAAAGAGUUCAGUAUAUGAUUGAAGUAAUGUUCCAAGUGUGGAAAGAUGGUUUCAAAGAUCAUCCAGCCUUGAUUGAAGAAUUGGAGCUGGUGCCGGAAGAAGAGCAAUUUACACAUUUGUUGAUGUUAGAUGAUGCUACGGAUCCUCAAGACAUCCUGAAUGUAUUCAAGUUUGAUGAAAAAUAUGAAGAAAAUGAACAAAAGUACAAAACACUGAGCAAAGAAAUUCUAGGCUCUGAUGCAGAAUCAGGGGAAGAAGAUGAAUCUGGAGAAUCGGGAAGUGAUGAAUCUGAAGAAGACGAGGAGGAGGAACAAAAAAAAGAGAUGACAAUCAUAGAUAAUACCGAGACAAAUCUUGUUGCUUUGCGUCGUACUAUCUAUCUCACCAUUAACUCAAGUUUAGAUUUUGAAGAAUGUGCCCAUAAACUAAUGAAGAUGCAGCUUAAACCAGGCCAAGAGAUAGAACUCUGCCAUAUUUGGGAAGUGAUGGAGUGUGUACGAUUAAAUGAAGAAGAUACCACAAGUUCCAGUCGAAUUUACAUAAAGAUCUUGUUCCAAGAGUUGGCGGAGUAUAUGGGGUUGAAGAAACUAAAUGAGCGGCUGAAGGAUCCAACAUUACAAGAUGCAUUCAGUGGGCUCUUCCCUCGUGAUAAUCCAAAAAACACUCGAUUCUCUAUAAAUUUCUUCACCUCUAUUGGACUCGGAGGGCUCACUGAUGAACUUCGCGAGCAUUUAAAGCAGAUGCCAAAGAAUGUCCCCGCACAAAUAACAGAAAUUAAUCUAGAUUCGAGCUCUGACAGCUCCAGUUCGAGUUCCAGCAGUUCGGGCGAUUCGUCGUCAAGCGACAGCAGCUCAAGUGAAUCAUCCUCUGAAGAAGAGAGCCCUUCUAAAGAAGAUAAAAACAAAAAAUGUCAGGAAAAAGGAAAAAAUAAAUCAACUAAAGCUCAAGAAGGAGAGAGUAAUGAAAAAAAUAAAGAGCAACAGCCUGAAAGAUGGGGACAUGAUGGUUUUUAUGACACUUACGGCCAAGGAGCACGUCGAGCUGACUCUAGGCCUGAAAGGUCAGAUAGAGAGGAAUUUUUAAGACCUAAAACUGAUUAUAGACAAGAUAACCACGAGCCAAAGAGUCGAGAAAGAAGACGAGACCACAGGCGACAAGGUGAUCGACAAGACGAUCGUAGAAACAACCAUGACGCCAGGAGAACUGAUCCAGAAGAACUUAGAAAUGAACGUGAUCAAAAUAAUCGUGAUAGAAGGCGAGAUAACAGAAAAGAAGACACUGGGAAUGAUAGGACAACAAGCAGUCGUGAUGUCAGGAGAACAGACUCUGAACAUUUAAACAAUCAACCAAACCGUGAUAGAAAUCGAGAAAACAGGGGGGAAGACAGUAGAAAAGACGAUCAUAUACACAGCCGUGACGGUAGGAGAGGAGAUCGUGAACAGCGUAAAAGAGACAGAGAUGACUAUAGCGAUAGACGAAGGCAAAUAAAUGAUUUUGAAUCUAGAAAUGGUGACCGCGAAGGAAGAAACGAAAAAAGGCUGCUUGAUAACACUGAAUAUAAACGAGGUGAACGAGGAGAUAAAAAUAAUAGAAGAAAUAGUGAUGAAGAAUCCAAAAGAUACCGAGAAGAGAACAAAGACAAAAGAAGGCACAGAGAUGAAGAACAGAGUAACAAAAAAGGGGAUACGAAAAUUAAUCGACGAAAUGAGAAAGAAAAAGUCUCCGAUGAAGAUAGUAGGAACAAAGAGGCCGAUAAAGGGUCUAGAAAAAGAGAUAAUAAUGGAGGUAAUGAUGAGUUACAAAAGGAUAAGAUAAACAAAAACGAUAAAAGUAUAGGUAAGUCAGAUGCUUACAACAAUACAAAUUCAAAUAAAGGGAGUGAAAUUAAAAACAAACCAAACAAUACGACUAAACGUAAUAGAGACGACGACACGGCCACAAACAAAGAAAGUAAAAACGAAGGAAGCAAGGAAAGGGGUAAACAAAGCAAAAGUGAGCAAAGAAGCAAAAAUAAAAAACAAGUGAGUAGUAGUAGUAGUAGCAGCAGUAGCAGUAGCAGCAGCAGCAGCAGCAGUGACAGUAGCGAAGCUGAAGAGGAGUCGAAAAAAACAAAUAAAAGUAAAAACAAGACGAAACUCGGUAAGGAGGCGACACGUGAACAAUCUCUGAGUGACAAGAAAGAGAAGAGUGGAAAAGCGAAGCAAAACAGCAGUAAGAGCGAUAAAGAUGUAAACGGGACACCGGACCACGAUAAUAAACUGGGGGGACGCUAUUGGGACGUGUUCGACAUCUCUGCUGAUGCAGAAUCGUGUCGCCCUGAAAAAGCGCCUAAAAAUAAAAAACGC